AUGGCUUCGAACCCGUCCAAUCCCAGGCGGCGUAUCCAAAUCCAUUCGAAGAAUAGAAUGUACUUCAAUCCCUUAUCUGGAGGCACUUCUCAGCGCCGCGUGAAUUGGAAGAAUUUUAGCCUAAGGCUGCUUACUCCUGCUAACCGCAAACAGGCCAAAUCUCGAUAUGACGACACUCCACUAUCAUGGCCGUGCUUCACACACAACCCAACCCUUCCGCCAGAUGCAGAACCUCAGCCGAAUGAUCCAGGAGUCAUGCUGGUAGAUAAAACACACGAAUUGUGGGAGUGGCUCGAACCAGAGGAGUGGUUAGAGGUUACCGUACUCGCUCACUACUCCUGGGAACUAGCCAGCUUCAAAAUGGAUGGUGCCUUAUGGAUAUUCAGAGACUGGGAGCCUUCAGCUGCUAUGUUGCAACUCAUUCGACAGCGGGAGACAUAG